CGGCGAGAAUCCGGGCGCCCGGCAGUGGGAUUGCGCCCUCCGUCCCUUCCCCAAUCCCCGUCCUCGGAGACGCCCUUGGAGUCCCCGCACUGGGGUGCCGGCGGGCCUCAGUUUGUCAAUCCGCGCCGGGGCCGAGGGGGCGUCUGCAAUGGUUUUCGGGUGGUUCCCGCCGUCUCCGUCCGCAGAGGUGGCUGCAGCCCCGCCCAGCAUGGCGGCCCCACCAGACCCCCAGUUUGUCCUCCGGGGCACCCAGUCGGCGGUGCAUGCGCUGCAUUUCUGGGGAGGAGCCCAGGAGCAGGGGCACCAGCUUCUCCUCUCAGGGUCCCUGAGUGGGCUGGUGCACAUCUGGAGCCUGCAGACACGGAGGGCGAUCGCCACCCUGGACGGGCACGGGGGUCAGUGUGUGAUCUGGCUGCAGACACUGCCCCAGGGACAGCAGCUCCUCAGUCAGGGCCGAGACCUGAAGCUGUGCCUGUGGGACCUGGCGGAGGGCAGAAACGCCGUCGUGGACUCCGUGGGCCUGGAGAGCGUGGGCUUCUGCAGGGGCUCCAUCCUGGCCCGGGGUCAGCAGCGCUGGAUGCUGGCUGUGCCUGGGGGAGGCAGCGACGAGAUUCAGAUUCUGGAGAUGCCAUCCAAGACGUCAGUGUGCACCCUGAAGCCAGAGGCAGAUGCCAAGCCAGGCAUGCCCAUGUGCCUGGAGCUGUGGCAGACUGACUCCAGCCCCCGCCCGUGCCUCCUGGCUGGCUAUGAGGAUGGAUCGGUGGCCCUGUGGGAUGUCUCCGAGCGGAAGGUGUGCAGCCGAAUCGCCUGCCACACAGAGCCCGUCAUGGGCCUUGACUUUGACUCCCAGAAGGCCAGGGGCGUCUCAGGCUCCGCGGAGAAGGCGCUGGCUGUCUGGAGCCUGGAUGAGCAGCAGGCCCUGCAGGUGCGCGGGAAGCAUGAACUCACCAAUCCUGGGAUCUCUGACGUCAAGAUCCGGCCUGACCGAAAGAUCCUGGCCACUGCGGGCUGGGACCAUCGGGUUCGCGUGUUUCACUGGCGGACGAUGAAGCCACUGGCCGUGCUGGCCUUCCACAGCGCUGUGGUCCACUGCGUGGCCUUCGCCGCAGAUGGCCUGCUGGCCGCGGGGUCCAGGGAUCAUCGCAUCAGCAUCUGGUCGCUCUACCCACGCUCGUGACUUGCCCGCUCCCUGUUCUGGACACACGGAGGACAAAGAGGUGGCACCCACACUUAGGCCUGACCCAGGCACGUGGAAGCCAUGCUCAGGGCCCUGUGGACAGCAGGUCACCGCUUCGCCUCCUCCAGUCUCGAGAAGAGCUUGGUCCGUGGAGUCCUCGCUUUUUGCACGUGGCUUGUUUCCUCCUGUGAAAUAGGGCAUCUGUGCAGCCGUGACGCUGCAGUUUACAGGGUAACUGGGCAGACACCUGGGCACGCGUCACCUGGGUAAGAGGCCAUGGGGGUGCUUUACAGUAAACCUAAAGUUGCAAACCUG